AGAAGAAGUUCAUGGAGAAGAGCCUGGCUGGCCCGGGACAGUAGAGCCGUUCCCGUUCCAUUCCAAUGUCGAAUUGCAUUGAAACACUGCCACACUUGAAGAUGCCGCCGCCGCCUGAGGAUGAAACCAUCGCCCACAAGGGACAUUUCUAUGGCGUCUACUUGCUAUGCAGCCAGAGUCUCGACUCGCGCUAUCGUGGAAAAUGCUAUGUGGGCUUCACCGUCAAUCCCAAGCGACGUAUCAAGCAGCAUAAUCGUGGCUGCGAUUUCGGUGGAGCAAAGAAGACCAGCAAGAAGGGUCCCUGGCAGAUGGUCAUGAUUGUCCAUGGCUUUCCCAACAAUAUCUCGGCCCUGCAGUUCGAGUGGGCUUGGCAUCAGCCCACGCUCUCCACCCGCUUGAAGAUCUUUUCCGAUCUGAAGCGCAAAAAGCCCAAGGAGACGCAUUUUGAUUACAAUUUUAGGAUUCUCAAUCGCAUGCUGGGCGUGGGGCCGUGGCAUCGUCUGGCACUCACCAUCCGCUGGCUGGAAACGGACUAUGAGCGUGCGUUUGACCUGCCGAUACCCUGCCACAUGGAGAUUGUCAGCGGCAAGGUGUCCAUCUCCGCCUCGCAGCGUAAACUGGAGGAGGCUACCGGUAGUGCUCCGCCUGUUGCCUGGGCCCACGAGUGUCACCUCUGCAUGCAAAGCAUCGAACAGCCGGAGCGCUCCCGGCUGGGCUGCACCAAUCCCUUUUGCCGGCUGACCUGCCACAUGCUGUGCCUCGCCAGCUAUCUGCUGGGCGAUGAGCCCGGACAAUACAUACCCAUUGGUGGCGAGUGUCCGCUGUGCGAGACUCGACUCAGUUGGUUCGCCCUGCUGCAGCGGAAACGUCUCCAGCUGGGAGUGCCCGGGGAGAUGCAGGACAACGAAGAGGAAGACCUGAGCGAUGAUGGGCUCGAUGUGGACAGCGAUGUAGAGGUCCAAGAAUUCAGUGAUUAAUGUGAUGUCCUGUCUUAUUAUUUUACGAGGAUUUUUAACAGAAAACCCAUCGACGGUAAAAUAGCGCUGUAAAAGUGUCAGUUAGAUUAGAAAUGUGGACUUUUAGUUUGAAUCUCAUUUUAAUCAGCUGCUCCCAUGGUGGGGGGCCCUUGCCGAUAAAAAAAACGUUGGUAAAAUUAUAAAUAUCGAAAUAUCGUUAAAAGUUCAAGCAAUAUUUGUUUAUUUAUAUAUAAAUAAUGUUUGUAAUAUAUCCUCACUUCGAGACGUUUUUCUUUCAGCUGCAAAAGCUUUCGCUGUCACUGAAAAUAUCCACCAAUUGAGCAUUUACAUUUUCAAAUGGAGAAGAGCUAGGUCCUUGUCAGCCCCUUAGGCUUAGCAGCUUUCCCUUUCCACAGCGGCAGGUGCCUCGUCUACUUUUACUUCAUCGGCAUCCUUGGACACCAUUUAAAAAGGGAAUACAAUGAUUAUACAAUUUAAUAUAAACCACACAUGUGGUACCUUCGUCAGCUUUGGAAUCGAUCUCGACUUUUAUUUUAUUUAUUUAUAUUAUUUAUUAUAUUAUUAUUUUUAUUAUUCUUCGCCAUUUUUCUCGCGACAAACAAAGUUACUGACAGAUUUUGGAAAUUUGAAUAAUACAGAUAAAAUUAA